AUGGCUGAAGCAGUCGCAUCUUCAACCGAUGUAACACAACCAACAUCUUCAACUACUUUAUUUAUAAAUUCACAUAAAGAAAAACCUUUACUCAUUGCAGAUCAAUAUGUUUUCAAAUUGAAUAAAAAAACAACUACUAAGUAUUGGAUAUGGACGCUUAAUGAAUAUUUAGCUAAAGUGCAUACUGAUUUAUAUAGUCAAUUAAUUAAAAUGAUUGGCGAUUAUAAUCAUCUUUUAGAGAAAGAAAAACUUGAAUUCCGUGAAAAACUCAAACAAUGA